AAACGCGAUAGCAGACGAUUCCAAACAACAGACGACAGACGAGGUCAGAAGCUGGUCAUUGUGAAAGACAGUCACGCAAUGAAUGUACGGAAUCUCACUUAAUCAGCGAAUUAGUGUGGCUUUUUGAUUUGUGAAAGUAGAAAAACAACACCAUAACUCCUCAGAAAUAUAAAAGCCACUUUCACGCUGUGAAAAGGCGAUAGGGGAAUAUUUAGCUGUUUGCGUGACUGUAGAAGUCAUUUAUUUAAUACUGCACGCUACUCCUCUUGAGGGGAUUUUUGGAAAUUUUCCAUUCAAUCUAAGAGAAAAAUUUUCGUGAUCUUAAUUUGAGCAUUAACGAUUGCCAUCAUGACGUUAUUGGUUGUAUGGGUGAAAGCUAGGAUGAGGAAUUUCUUGCAACUUUGCACAACCAGAACGCACCCCGAUCGUUUUUAGCGGGACGAUGCAAGUGUUGUAAAAGUUGCCGCACGUCCACCGAAUGGUGACCUUUGCGUUAAUUUUAGGCUUUGACGGGAUUUGUCGUUCAAGAUCAUGGAAGCUUUCUUCGCUCAAUAUUCCCAAUCACUAGAGGAGGGGACGUCCAAGCUAUUGACACUAUUGAACGAAAUAGCAUCCGUACGAGAGCAAUGCAGUAAUCUGCAGUUGUCGAUAGCUACUCUUGACGAUCCAGAAUCUAAACUUAGUGUGUUGGAAGCAGAAGCUGCAGCGAAAGAAAUCGAGAAUCACAUCUCAACCUCUAUGACAUCACUUGAGCCUACUCUACUUGAAAACUGUUUGGUUUUGGAAGAAUCUGCAAUGAAAGAAGACCAUACUGAAAACGGGACAGACCAGGUCCAGAAAUCUGUUGAGUGCAAUGAGCCAUGCACCAAUGCAGAUGAUUGUAAUGAUUCAACCAUGAUAGGAGGAGUCGAUCCUUUAGAAGUGAACAAAUUUUCUUAAGAUAAUUUUUAAAAUUCAAAGAUCUGAAUAAUAGAUAGCUGUGAAAUUUAACAACUCAGAAGAGAAAGUUUUAAUUUGUCUGGGUUACGAGCAGCAUUUUGUCCACACAUCAACAUAUUUUAAUAAAAUGAUAAAAAUUCAA